AUGGCAAAAGCAAAGUCUGCAGCAGCAAAGUCGAACGGCGUUUCCAAAGUCACACGAUCAAACGCUCAAAAGCCACUGGAGCCUGUUAAGGCUUUGCCGGUAACUCUCCUGUCAGGUUUCCUCGGCAGUGGCAAGACUACUCUACUGCAGCACAUCCUCCGAAGCGAACAUGGCCUCCGCAUCGCAGUCAUCGUCAACGAUAUUGGAGCCGUCAACGUCGACGCAAACCUCAUCCGCAACACGCACAGAGUAACCAAAACCGAAGAAAAAGUCAUCGCCCUCCAAAACGGCUGCAUCUGCUGCACCCUCCGUGGUGAUCUCCUCGAAGAACUCGUCCGUCUCGCUGAAAUUGCCGAAUUCGACUACAUCAUCGUUGAAAGCAGCGGCAUCAGUGAACCUGAGCAAGUUGCGGAGACCUUUGACUCUCGUCUCGCUGAGCAAAUCAGUGAGAUGGGGAAUGUCGUUGAAGGGCUUGAUGAGAGCACGUUGGCUACCCUUCAGAGACUGAAGGAGGCCGGUGGUCUGGAGAAGUUCGCUCGUCUUGAUACGACGUGCACGGUUAUUGAUGCGUUUACCAUGUUCCACGACUUCGAGACUACUGACCUCCUCUCCUCACGUCGUGACGACGUUACGCCUGAGGAUGAGCGUACAGUAUCCGACCUCAUGGUCGAUCAGAUUGAAUUCGCGGAUGUCAUCGUCCUCAACAAGAUUGAUCGUGUCGACAAGGAGAUGCGGGAAAGAGUAAGGACUAUGAUCAAGAAGCUCAACCAUCGUGCCAAGAUUAUCGAGAGUAGCUAUGGCAAGAUUGACGUGAAGGAGAUUGUUAACACGGGCAUGUUUAACCUUGAAGUCGCGCAGACGGGGUAUGGAUGGUUGCAGGAUUUGCAUGCGAUGACGAUUCGGGAGGUUAAUGGGAGGAAGAUGGUGACGCCGAAGCCUGAGACGGAGGAGUACAACGUCCGUAACUUCGUCUACGUCCGCCGACGUCCCUUCAGCCCACGCCGCCUCUUCGAACUUCUCCAUGACAAGUUCAUCCUACAACACCCCAUCGCCGAACUCGAUGAAGAAGAAGGCGAAGAAGAGGAAGAGGAGGAAGAAGACGAAAGCAUGGAAGAUGCCUCCGACUCAGACAACUCCGACGAGGAUGAAGAAGACGAAGACGAAGACGCCACCAUGACCGAAGCCCCCGAACUCCCCUCCGACGCCACCAUCCUCGCCAACAAGCGCGCCCACCCCCUCUUCGCCAAACUCUUCCGCUCAAAGGGCGAAUUUUGGCUCGCUACCCGCCCCCACCGCGCUGGCGAAUGGUCCCAAGCUGGUGCUAUGCUCACCCUCGCCGGCGGUCGACCGUGGUUCUGUACCAUCGACCGCUCCGAGUGGGAAACUGGUACCGCUGAGAUCGACAAGAUGGUCGAACAUGAUAUCAAGCAAGGCGGGAAAUGGGGAGAUCGCCGGCAGGAACUCGUCUUCAUCGGCGAGAAAUUAGACGUCGAGGCGAUUGAAAAGGUUCUAGACGAGUGUCUUCUAAACGACAAAGAAUGGAAGCAGUGGUGUAAAGUCAUGGAGAAGGGAAGCGGGCCUAACAGCAAUAGUCCAGAGGAAUUGGAGAAGAAGAUGGAGAGGUUGGCGGGGAUUUUCGAUGAUGGGUUUCCGGACUGGGAUGAUGAGGAGGACCAUGACCAUGGGGCUGGACAUGGACAUGGUGGCGAUGCUGUGAUGAAGGAUGAGGAGGUGGAUUUGGAGAGGAAGGACUCGCAUUCGCCGAAGAGGAAUGGUGCUGCUGGUGCUGCUGGCGCUGCUGCUGCUGGCGGGAAGAAGGCGAAGCAUGGGGUUAGGAAGGAUGGGACUGUGUAUUGA